GACCAGCAGAUGCUGCUUUUUUGCAGGAUAAGUACAGUUUUAACUCUCAAGAAUCCUUUUCUGGAUAUUAUAAUUGGCUUUCUCUUUUGCAGAGAAAAUUAUCCUUUUGUGUUAACAAACAGAGUAACGGUCUCUGGAGGUGCGUUCAGGAGCUGCUAACCUUGCAGGACCAAUGAAAAAACAACUGGAUAAGAGAGUUAAGCUUCCUCAGGAUUUGAUGACCUUCAUUAAAAACAGUAGAUUGGUUCCCAAGUACCAGGCAGACUUCCAGCAGAGAUUCAAGAACCCGGUUUUCCUGGAGGUGGGGGCAGAUGUGGUCCUGUCCAGCCUGUGCUCUCGUGACCUGGACAAGGCUGCGGCCGCUUUGCUAGAUGAGCUGAGUGUGGAGAUCGAGAAGCUGCAAGGCGGUGCAGCUGCGCCUCCAAACAUUGACAGAAUCAAACAAAUCCUCACAAAAGCCGAGAAUGAGGCGAACUGCGGUGAGGUCAGAGUCAACGUGACCUUCAUCUCAGAGCCGACUCCUGCAUCAGUGGUUAAAGUUCGAAUAGUGGGGUACACCAAACAUGUGAGCGAGCUCAGAGAGCAUCUGCUGAAUGAAAUCAUCAUUGAAGAAGUGGUUGAACUCGCUCACCCCGAGCUGGUUGACUGCUUUGACCACAUCUUGGAGCUCAUCAGCCUGAAGACGAGCAACGUCUCCAUGAAAGCUACAGGUUCUCCUCGCCCCAGUGUGACGGUAUCCGGUCCCUAUCGUCUGGUUCCAGACGCCCAUCGCGCUCUAACAUCUGCUUUGGCCAAACUGAUUUCUGACACCGUGGCCUUAAAUGAACCGGCGGCUCUGCAGUAUUUCCGCACCGAUGGCAAAAAGGACAAAGAGGACAUUGAGCGUUUGUGCCAGGUCUGCAUCAGAGAAAAGGAAGGUCAACGGUCCAGCUUCUUGUUUGUGGGUUUGACCAGAAAGAAUGUGGCUGAAGCGGUGACAAAAAUAAGAACAUUGCUUAAAGAUCGCUGGUCUACAAAAAUCUUUACCAAGGAGGAUCUGGAAGACCUCACUGAGGACGGCAUGAAGGAUUUGAGGACGCUGGCCCAACAGCAGAAGCUGCACAUUCAAGAGAACCCGCCAGGCCAGGGUGGACUGAUAGUGAGCGGGUUAAAAUCUGGAGUCAAUCAGGUAGUGCAGAUGGUCAACACCGCCGUUCCUCUUAGAAGAGAACUGAGGGUUAAAGAGGAGGACAAUUUGUACCUCAGUGUGGCCUGGUGCAUCUUGGUCCCCAAUGAGAGCUGGGUAAGACUCCCCAAAGCAGACAAUUAUAAACUGGAAAGAGGAAAUACUGCAAACGGUAUAGUGGACGCCAAGGGAACGAAGUGGAACGUGAAUCUAGAGAAGACAGAAGCCAGAAGUCAAACAUCAGACCAAGUAGCAAAGCUGAAACGACUGGAGAAUUUACCAGAUUUUACUUUCCCCCUCUACUGGGACAGCAUGGAUCCUGGAGAGAACCUGAAAGAAGUUCUGCUGGACCCACAGUCUGAAGAGUACAGGACAGUACUGAAACCUUUCAGAAAAACAGUGAAAAGGACUGUUUUGAAGAUCGUUCGCGUGCAGAACAUUCACCUGCGGCGUGCUUAUGAAGCCAAGAACAAACACAUCUCAGACAAGAACAAACUGGAUGGAGGAGCGGGAGAAAAGCUGCUUUACCACGGGACGAGUCAAGACAGCCUGGACUCCAUCAAAACAGGAGGAUUCAACCGAAGCUUUUCAGGGAAAAACGCAACAGCCUACGGUCAAGGAACCUAUUUUGCUGUAGACGCCAGUUACUCAGCCAACUCCACAUAUUCCAGACCCACUGCUGAUGGUUCUAAAAGUAUAUUUGUGGCCCGAGUUUUGACGGGUGUCUUCACUCAGGGCCGCAGUGACAUGAAAAUGCCUCCACCUCGGAGCAGCGAUCAGCCUCACAACCGAUACGACAGCCUGGUGGACAGAGUGGACAACCCCAGCAUGUUUGUUGUGUUCCAUGAUGACCAGGCCUACCCUGACUACCUCAUUACCUUUAGCUAGCUUAGCUAGCUAGAUGGUUCCUGAUGGAAAUGCUAGAAAUAAAUGUGUAAAUUAUGUGAUUCACUUUCAACUUUGUUUUUAAAAAAUAAAAAAGGGAGAUUUAAGGAGUUUUAAAGUAAAAAGGAAGAUAAAAUAGCUAUAGCUACACACCGGGCACUUGACGUGCAUUCUAGAACGGGCUUCACAUGACCAUAGUGUUCGCACUGUAGAGAGAGAGAGUAAGGCACUUCUUCUUCCUUUUCUACUGUUGUUUACUAGCUCAUGUCCGCCACCUACAGUUGGAAGAGGCUUGGUGCAGAAUGUCAAAGCAGAGCAAAUAUUGUGAAUUUUGCUCCAGGCUUUUUUUGAUCAAUUUUUAAGCAGUUGAUACUUCAAUUAAUUAAAAUUGAAGCCAUCUAUACGUCACUAUCAAUUCAGAGUCUUUUAUUGAUCAACCUAUUUUAACUUUCAAUGCAUGUUCAGUGGCCAAGCCCGAAAGCGGUUGUGGAAACUUGCGUAGCGAAACUUGAACCCAAACGCCUGAAGCACACAUUUAUGGAUAACAGACUUUUCAUCGGAAGUGGUCACUUGAACACAUGAUGCUGAGAGGGUGUGAAUGUGGCUUUAUUGGUAAACUCUAUGAUUUCUUACAGAAAGGUAAGACAUUUGUAUCUGGCCCGCCACACGGUUUAACCUGGCCCCGUCAUGAGGAGAAAAAAAUUAUAAGGAUGUUGGGGAAAAAAGCAAGUUUCUGGGAAAUGCAAGAACGGCAUAGCAAGAGAUCAUGAAAUGAACAUAAUAAACAAUAUAAUAAGUGAUUAGGCUACUGGGAUAAAAGCAAAGCUGCAGAUAACAAGUUGAACAUAGGUUACUUUGCUAUUACGUUACUUGUCCAGCCCACUUGAGAUCAGACGGGUGGAAUGUAGCCCUCAAAACCAAAAGCAGUUUGACACCCCUGGUUUAGACUUUGUUAGACAGGCUGCAAAUGGUGGCAUCACUGCAUGUAUUCUUUAAAUAUGCAGCAAAAGAGCACUUUAUGGUUGUAUUUGUAAGAUUUUCCUUCGAGAGGUAUAUUUCUCUAUCACAACUGUUAGUUUUACAAAAAAAAGAUGUUUUAAUUUAUGCUACAUUUCUAAUAAAGUCGCUAAUGAAGUGUAACUUUAAAAUAUGUAUUUUUUCUUAAACACUGUUUGGAUGUUUGGCUUUAAUAAAAUCAAAUAAAACUUUGCUUGUAGAGCGCUUUUCUAAAAUAUUUUGCCAAAGUCGAAAACUUGACAGAUUCUUGAGUGCUGUGUACCACAAAAAAUCAAUCUGAGGUCAGUAAGUUGAUUUCACAAUCACAACAACAGUGAUAAAAUAAACUGCGUACAUUUUUUCUUCAUCACUGCUGACAUUACACUACCUACUACUACAUUUGCUUCAUUGAGAUGAUCCCAUAUGGCACAAGGUGUCUUUUAUUUUGAAAGG